AUGGCCGCCUCAGCAUUUACGAUCCCAAGCGCUGAAGUCUUGCAGAAAUGGGCCACGGGCAAGGUUGCCAUAGUCACAGGCGGCGCAUUGGGCAUAGGUUUUGCAGUUGCGCAGCUAUUCACAAGCGCUGGUGCAAAAGUAGUCAUCGCCGACAUCGACGACGAAGUUGGCAAAGAAUCAGUGAAGAAGCUCGGCGAGAAUGCUUUCUUCGUGCGAUGCGAUGUGACCUCCUGGGCAGAUCAAGUUCAUCUCUUCGAGCAUGUAGCCUCAACCUUCAAGCGGAUAGACCUGGUGGUCUGCAAUGCUGGUAUCAACCCCGAGCUGGUACCGUCCAACGGCAAAAAAUACGACUUCCUCAUCGACGAAUAUGAGUCCGCAAACCCAGAGCUUCUCAAGCCUCCCGCCACCAAGAUCUUGGACGUCAAUGUCUUCGGCGUCUUAUACAAUAUCCGACUUGCGAUGCGCUACAUGCUUGCGAAUAAGAAUGGUGGUCGUAUCGUGGUCAUGGGCUCGGCGGCGUCAUACAUGGGCUUUGAUGACCACGCUAUGUAUUGCACCUCCAAACACGCGAUACUGGGAUUGGUGCGAGCGACUUCCCUGAGGAAAGAAUGUAUCGAAAAUGAUAUUUCGAUUUCGCUCGUUGCGCCUUCGGUUACGCAUACUAGGAUGACGGAGGCUUUUAUAAAUCAUCUUCCGGUUGAGAUUGCUGUUAGUACCCCGGGUGAUGUUGCACAGGCGGUGGCUAUUCUUGCGACGGAACCGGUGGAAAAGGUGAGAGGGAAGAGUCUUUGGGUGCAGGGGAAGACAUAUACUGAGGCGGAGGAUCUGAUCCAGGAGUGUCAGAAGACAUUGUUGAUUUAG